UCCUAUAGAAUGUGGGUUAUAUGUUUGUACCAAGUGAACAGCGUUUGGGUCAAGUGCCCUUUGGCUUUGGUAUUGGCAGUGUGAAUGCAGGCUCAUAUCUCUCCUUCUCUCCCUCCCUCUCCUUUUCUUCUCUGUAGAGAUAGAUGCGGAGUACCCAGAUUAUACCCAGCCUUGCUACCACUCAGUCCUGGAGUUGCAUUCCACCCGAGUGAUCUGGAGGAACUGCCUCAUCCUUAGCUUUACUAUGUUCAUAGGCACAGGCAUCCAGUACUGUUUCAUCAGGAACCUCCACAGCUACUCCCACAACUUCUACUUUAGUUACUUCCUGCGUGUGCUGACUGGAGCUCUGGGAUGUAUCUUCCUCUGCCUGUCCGUCAACCGCUUUGGUCGCCGUGGUAUCCUGCUUCUGUCUGCCAUUAUCACCGGCCUGUCCUCGCUGCUGCUGCUGGCCCUCACACAGUAUCUUUGUGGAGCGCUGGUGUUGGUGCUGUCUGUGUUGGGGCUCCUCUUCUCCCAGGCCCUGGCCAUGCUCAGUGCAUUCUUCGCCAGUGAGGUCAUGCCCACCGUAGUCCGUGGUGGUUGUCUGGGGCUGGUGCUUGCGUCUGGCUGUAUGGGGAUGGCUGCCUCCUCUAUGAUGGAGCUCCAGAACAACAGGGGUUACUUCCUCCACCACGUCAUCUUCGCCUCCUUCGCCGUCCUCUCGGUGCUGUCCAUCAUGCUGCUGCCGGAGAGCAAGCGCAAGCCGCUACCCGACUCCCUGAAGGACGGAGAGAGCCAGCGACGGCCCCCUCUCUUCCUGUCUCGUGAAGACACCCUGCCCCUGCUCUAUACCCGGCGUGGAGCCUCCGAGUACAACCCUGAUAACUACUCCCGCCUGGUCUCCGCCACCAGGAAGAUGCUCAUCAAAGACAAUUUACCCUAUAAGAUCGUUGUGCCCUCCCAGUCCCCACUGCUGCCUUCCAACAGUGAGGUGCACUGCAUACUGGAGGGAGAGGCACUAAGAGAGGACUUAUCUUAGCAGCCUAUAACUACCAUCAUCCAUCCUCCUCUCCCACAGAGAAACCUCACCUCAAACCCACUGGAUAUCUCUCCCUGGUAUCAUCCUGGGCUAGCUGGCUGGUUCCCUUUCACCAGAUUGAGACAGUGUGAUCCAGACUCGUAUCGCUCUGAACGACGGGUCUUCUUGGAUAUUUUGAAGGGGAGGAGAGUUGGAGAUGUGUGUAUUUACUGUGUCAGUCUUUUUUGUUGUUGUGCCAAGUGUUUCAAACAAUACAAAAAAAACGAUCUGUGGUUGUGCGCUUGCACAGACUCUACUGAAAGACUGUGUGCUAGUCCUUUGUUUUUGUACUGAUUGAGAUCUGCUGUUUCUAAGACGGUGUUAACACCCUCUCUUCUCCAGGUUGUGCAGCAUGGAGCUAUGGCUUUAUUAACCACUGAGGCUAAAUGCUCACUUGAGAAGCGUUGCUUGUCCACUUAACUGGUGACUCGUGCUUUUCAUUACUGCUGUAUUGUGCCUGUGACUGCAACGAGAGAGAGCAGGGUCCUGACUGUUACUUAAUCUGAUUCAUUGGUGACUCAACGAGGGGAACUUACAGAUAGAAGUCAGUUUGGCUCAAACUGCAAUGUAUUGUAGCCAAUUGUUUGAUUUUUGGGGGGGAACUUAAUGAAGUAUCAGUCACUGAUAAUAUGAACUAAGCAAUGAAAGGUCAUUUCAUCCUGUCCACUUGUUGGACAUGUUUUAAGAACAUGAGAUAUUGUCUCGUGCUUUGCACCAGGAACAAAGUUGUUAAAAUUAUUGAAAUGUGAUCAGGUCAUGACCUCUACUCUGAGUCAUUAUAACCUUUCAAAUGGGACUUUACCUCAUUGUGCUUAGUUGUAUCACGUCCAUCUCUCUGCCUUAAACUGUGAACUUUCCUGUUCAAAGAAGGCAGUUGCUAGGACACGAUACUUAACGUUCUAUAAUUAAUUUAAUUAAAUACAUUUUUAUCAACUAUUAAACCACAUUUCACUGCUCUUUUUGGUAUUUGACUGUAGUUUGAGGUUUGUGUUGCCCUUCUUGGCCUGGCUGUGGAACUGUUUUACAUUAUUGUUGGAUAGGAUGUUCACACUCUUAACUCAUUCGCUCUUCCUUUUUCAUCCCCCUCUCUUUUGCUUGCAUGGGAACAUAGCCCCUUGUACAGUAAGUUUAUUAGGAAAAAAUAUAAAUGCAGCUGCUCAACUUUUCCCCACAGCGGACAAUAUUCUGUCCUUCUAAAAAAUUAUUAUUUUAAAUUAUAUUAUUUUCAGCUAUGAAUAAGUUGUCUGACUCUCGAAAGUUCAAAUUGAGUUAUUUGGAAGCUGAGGCCGUACAAUGUUGAUUUACUGUUUGCCCCUCUUCACAUGUCUCAUAGAAAAAUAAAUCGAAUAAUAAUGUCCUCAAGCAUCAAGUAAAGAGAUGCACAACUUCCUUUCAGAUUAUGGAAAACGAACAGACCCGGCCAGGACAUUUUCAACAAUGCUAUUCCGCUUUCGACAUCAAUGGGGUCUUAACGAGGUCACUGGGCGUUGAACUAAGGUUGCAGUAGUAUUUUUCUGAAGCUGAUCCACUUCUAUUUUUAACUUUUAUUCGCUUGCUCGCCUCACUUUUCAAAAAUGAAAUCCGUUAAACAGUAAGUUUGAAUGGCUGAAACUGAAAAUGUUUUGAGUUCUGCCCUGUUUCAUAUGUCUGAUACAAUGCUUACCACAAGAUGGUGCUGUUCUCUUGUAAAUGUAUUGAAUGUACAAAAUCCACCAUUUUUCUUUCAACUUUGUGUUAUGUUUUAUCAGUCAGAUUUUUAUAUUUUGAAGAAUUGGAAAUGUAUUUCAGUGUAAAUAAAAUAAGAGGACUUCGAGUUAGUCCAAACACACCAUUGCCAAGUUCACGAUGUCUGUGCAGCGUUCUCAAAAUGAUUGAGCCAGAUGGGAUAAUAGACACUGUUUUGUUGAAUGAAACACCGUUCUAACCUGCCCUUGAGUUUGUUUUGUAUAUGUCGAAAUGAAGUAAAUUGUGCUCAAUGGACAGUGUUCCGUGACUCUAGGGCUGUAUAAGAACAGGGAAAGGAAGAAUGAAGUACAGCAGUUGUCUCAGUCCGGGCCUGAGAAAAUCACAUCUGGAACAGCCUGUCAAUCAUUUGGGACGCUCACUGUUGUCUCUCAACCAUAAACUCCCCUCUGAAAGCUGUUCAGUCAGUUUAGUAUUUCAUUUGUCA